AUGGAUGAAGUCGUCCGAAAGCUGGCACAUCAAGUAUGCUCAGGCCAAUUCGAGCUUGACCCAGACAUUCGCUUGAUUAUGGCGCCACUUCUCAGCGCUGGAGACGUCAUGGAGAAUAUCUCGAGCUUCAAUCCAGUUGUGGUACUGGCGAUCACGGAAGGAUUCGUUGAGUCUAUCACAUUCAGCCCGGCACGGAAUCAGCCACGCCUUUUCAACAAGACUGCUGUUGAUGAAAGUCUCACGAAGGCUCUCGGUUUUGGAACUAACUGUGAAAAGCCGAUACGUGACGCUAGAUUGGCUUUGACCAUGGAUGAUCUAAGGCUGCAUUCUGCUUUUGAGCUGGGUAUUGCACUUGGCUGUGAUAACUCCACAGAUCCGGAUAACUUGGAGAAAAAAGCUGCCACAGUUGGCACGGUUAUAGAUAUGCUGAAGAAGACAGUGACGUUGGACAGCGUCCAAGAGUACUCGGUAGUGCCCUCUGCAAAUCCAGCUGAUCAUUUUACACCCAAUCAAGCAGUGAUGGUAACUAGUGCUUCGAUUCCGCUGCUGAAGGAGAAGCAGUGUUUGUUCACAGUGCCAACUAAGAAUCGCCUUCUGAACUUGUAUCGUAUGGGUAGCGGAGAACCGCCUUACACACUUAUUAUGGCAGUCGAGAAGCGAACAGAGACGCUUGUUUAUGAGAUGAUGUCAAAAUGGUGUGACACUCCAGGCGCUGAAGGUGUUCAGGAUAUAAUUCGCGAAUCCACCCUUAUAUUCAUGCCGGAAAUACCGUUCACACAGUUGGCUUGCCAUGAUUACGAUACGAUUACACCAUUUCAACCGUUGAUCGAGCAUGCAUGGAAAGAGCUGCCACAGAUUGACUACGUUGUGCUCUUCGGAAGUGGGGGACUUAAGCGCAUGAUUUUCCCAUUUCGGAGUGGAAUAGCGAGCCAGGCGCAGGUAUUGGGUGCGUUUGAGUGGAAUAAGACGAUUCCAUCGUCGAAGGCUUUGGAUGCUCUGCUCGUGCAAACUGGAUGUUGCUAUGAAGCUCGAGGAUCUGGUCACUUAUACGCGGAAAAUCGAGAGAGCAUUGUGGCAAUGAUGAGUGAAAGGCUGAAGGGCGUUCGUUUGGUUGGUGAUGAUGCUUCUUUGGCGCUGCGUGUGGAAGCUGGCGAGCUGCAUCCGCUUCAGAUGAGCACGAACUACUACGGCGCUGUGUUCAUAGGUCUCCCGAACGGCACUCAUCAGGUCCAAGUGAUGAAAGAUGGAAAACUCUAUGCACAAUUCAAGGUUGAGUGCCACUACCUCCAUGCGGAGAGAUAUACUGGAGCGGUUCACACUCAGCGCUCGGUUUUUACCCCGGUCCCUGAUGAGUUUGAGUUUUUACAGUUUUUCUGUUGUCGUCAGCGGGUCACAUCUGUACUGAAUCGACGUGGUUUCUUCACGGGCAGUCGGGAAGGAUUCGAGCGAAUUCCUCUGUACAAAAGUGAUGACGAAGACGAAGAAGACCUUUUCGAUCUACAAAAGUUAUAA